AUGAUUAUAAAGUUAUUGCCAUUGGAUAGUGUAGUAAAAGAGUUGUAUGAAAAUCACAGUACAUUCUAUGAGGGUGAUUCUGGCUUAGAUUUAUUCAUUAUAAAAGAUCAAGUAAUAAAGGCUGGUGAGACGGCUUUCAUAAAUCUUGGUUUUAAAGCUGCAGCAUAUAAUAAUGAUAAUACACCUUCAAGCUAUCUAUUACUUGCAAGGUCAUCAAUUGCAAAGUCUCCACUGAGACUUUCUAAUUCUAUAGGACUUAUUGAUGCAGGAUAUAGAGGUGAAUUAAUAGCAGCUGUUGAUAAUAUUAAGACGUAUGAUUUUACUAUCAAAAAAGGUGAGAGAUAUUUCCAACUUGUAUCAUUUAAUGGGGAUCAAAUCAGUCUUCAAAUAGUUGAUUCAUUGAAUAAGACUACUAGAAAUUCAGGUGGCUUUGGCUCAACUGACAUAUUACCACAUAAUUAUAAUCCCAAAGUAAUUAAAGUUAACACUGAAGAUGUUUCAAAGACAUUUCAAGAUGAAAAUACUAAUAAGAAUAUAUUGUAG